CUCCCAAAUAACAAGAUGGAAUUUUAUUAUUGUGGCAAAUUUCAUUUAUAGUUAAACUAAACUAAGCUACUGGUCCUUGAUCAUGGUAAAAGUAUGGACCUAUAACAAACUAUACAUACGCGUUAGUGCCCUGAAAUAUAUUUCAAAUACGCACACGCACGCACACACACACACAAAAGAGAGAGAGAGAGGGGAAAUGUCUGCUUCAGAACUACGAAGACGGCCACCAAAUCUCUUUAAAAAAAAAGAGAGCUGCCAGCCUUCAACUCUAUUAGAAGCAACUCCAUCUCUAUCGUGAACACUCUAGAACAGAGCACCCACAGUCGAAACGAAAAGUUUAUUCUUCCACGAGUGUAACGGAAGAUCUUCAUAAGAGGUGAGCAUGAAAGCUCGAAGAUCUACCUGACAAAACUACGUGGUAUUAUGGGAGGGCGAGGGUAUAAUGUGUGCGUGUGUGUGUAUGUGCUUUGUAAACAAAACAAAAAAAAAAUUCGGAUGGCUUACCCUGCGAAAAUAAAAGGGGGAAGUAGUAUAAGG